AAGGACAAGAAGGACAAGAAGGACAAGAAGGACAAGAAGGACAAGAAGGACAAGAUGGACAAGAAGGACAAGAAGGACAAGAUGGACAAGAAGGACAAGAAGGACAAGAUGGACAAGAAGGACAAGAAGGACAAGAAGGACAAGAAGGACAAGAAGGACAAGAAGGACAAGAAGGACAAGAAGGACAAGAAGGACAAGAAGGACAAGGAGGGGAGACACAGAAGCACAUGGCAUGUAGUGCAGGAAAUGAGGAUAAGGCACAAGGACAAGAAGGACAAGAAGGACAAGAAGGACAAGAAGGACAAGAAGGACAAGAUGGACAAGAAGGACAAGAAGGACAAGAUGGACAAGAAGGACAAGAAGGACAAGAAGGACAAGAAGGACAAGAAGGACAAGAAGGACAAGAAGGACAAGAAGGACAAGAAGGACAAGAAGGACAAGAAGGACAAGAAGGACAAGAAGGACAAGGAGGGGAGACACAGAAGCACAUGGCAUGUAGUGCAGGAAAUGAGGAUAAGGCACAAGGACAAGAAGGACAAGAAGGACAAGAAGGACAAGAAGGACAAGAAGGACAAGAUGGACAAGAAGGACAAGAAGGACAAGAUGGACAAGAAGGACAAGAAGGACAAGAAGGACAAGAAGGACAAGAAGGACAAGAAGGACAAGAAGGACAAGAAGGACAAGAAGGACAAGAAGGACAAGGAGGGGAGACACAGAAGCACAUGGCAUGUAGUGCAGGAAAUGAGGAUAAGGCACAAGGACAAGAAGGACAAGAAGGACAAGAAGGACAAGAAGGACAAGAUGGACAAGAAGGACAAGAAGGACAAGAUGGACAAGAAGGACAAGAAGGACAAGAAGGACAAGAAGGACAAGAAGGACAAGAAGGACAAGAAGGACAAGAAGGACAAGAAGGACAAGAAGGACAAGGAGGGGAGACACAGAAGCACAUGGCAUGUAGUGCAGGAAAUGAGGAUAAGGCACAAGGACAAGAAGGACAAGAAGGACAAGAAGGACAAGAAGGACAAGAAGGACAAGAUGGACAAGAAGGACAAGAAGGACAAGAUGGACAAGAAGGACAAGAAGGACAAGAUGGACAAGAAGGACAAGAAGGACAAGAAGGACAAGAAGGACAAGAAGGACAAGAAGGACAAGAAGGACAAGAAGGACAAGAAGGACAAGAAGGACAAGGAGGGGAGACACAGAAGCACAUGGCAUGUAGUGCAGGAAAUGAGGAUAAGGCACAAGGACAAGAAGGACAAGAAGGACAAGAAGGACAAGAAGGACAAGAAGGACAAGAUGGACAAGAAGGACAAGAAGGACAAGAUGGACAAGAAGGACAAGAAGGACAAGAAGGACAAGAAGGACAAGAAGGACAAGAAGGACAAGAAGGACAAGAAGGACAAGAAGGACAAGAAGGACAAGGAGGGGAGACACAGAAGCACAUGGCAUACCUCUUUGCCUGCUGGCACCUGGUGGAAGAAAAGGAAGAAGGACAAGAAGGACAAGAAGGACAAGAAGGACAAGAAGGACAAGAAGGACAAGAUGGACAAGAAGGACAAGAAGGACAAGAUGGACAAGAAGGACAAGAAGGACAAGAUGGACAAGAAGGACAAGAAGGACAAGAAGGACAAGAAGGACAAGAAGGACAAGAAGGACAAGAAGGACAAGAAGGACAAGAAGGACAAGAAGGACAAGGAGGGGAGACACAGAAGCACAUGGCAUGUAGUGCAGGAAAUGAGGAUAAGGCACAAGGACAAGAAGGACAAGAAGGACAAGAAGGACAAGAAGGACAAGAAGGACAAGAAGGACAAGAAGGACAAGAUGGACAAGAAGGACAAGAAGGACAAGAUGGACAAGAAGGACAAGAAGGACAAGAUGGACAAGAAGGACAAGAAGGACAAGAAGGACAAGAAGGACAAGAAGGACAAGAAGGACAAGAAGGACAAGAAGGACAAGAAGGACAAGGAGGGGAGACACAGAAGCACAUGGCAUGUAGUGCAGGAAAUGAGGAUAAGGCACACCUCUUUGCCUGCUGGCACCUGGUGGAAGAAAAGGAAGAAGGACAAGAAGGACAAGAAGGACAAGAAGGACAAGAAGGACAAGAAGGACAAGAAGGACAAGAAGGACAAGAAGGACAAGAAGGACAAGAAGGACAAGAAGGACAAGAAGGACAAGAAGGACAAGAAGGACAAGAAGGACAAGAAGGACAAGAAGGACAAGAAGGACAAGAAGGACAAGGAGGGGAGACACAGAAGCACAUGGCAUGUAGUGCAGGAAAUGAGGAUAAGGCACAAGGACAAGAAGGACAAGAAGGACAAGAAGGACAAGAAGGACAAGAAGGACAAGAAGGACAAGAAGGACAAGAAGGACAAGAAGGACAAGAAGGACAAGAAGGACAAGAAGGACAAGAAGGACAAGAAGGACAAGAAGGACAAGAAGGACAAGAAGGACAAGAAGGACAAGAAGGACAAGAAGGACAAGAAGGACAAGAAGGACAAGAUGGACAAGAAGGACAAGAAGGACAAGAAGGACAAGAAGGACAAGAAGGACAAGAUGGACAAGAAGGACAAGAAGGACAAGAAGGACAAGAAGGACAAGAAGGACAAGAAGGACAAGGAGGGGAGACACAGAAGCACAUGGCAUGUAGUGCAGGAAAUGAGGAUAAGGCACAAGGACAAGAAGGACAAGAAGGACAAGAAGGACAAGAAGGACAAGAAGGACAAGAAGGACAAGAAGGACAAGAAGGACAAGAAGGACAAGAAGGACAAGAAGGACAAGAAGGACAAGAAGGACAAGAAGGACAAGAAGGACAAGAAGGACAAGAAGGACAAGAAGGACAAGAAGGACAAGAAGGACAAGAAGGACAAGAAGGACAAGAAGGACAAGAAGGACAAGAAGGACAAGGAGGGGAGACACAGAAGCACAUGGCAUGUAGUGCAGGAAAUGAGGAUAAGGCACAAGGACAAGAAGGACAAGAAGGACAAGAAGGACAAGAAGGACAAGAAGGACAAGAAGGACAAGAAGGACAAGAAGGACAAGAAGGACAAGAAGGACAAGAAGGACAAGAAGGACAAGAAGGACAAGAAGGACAAGAAGGACAAGAAGGACAAGAAGGACAAGAAGGACAAGAAGGACAAGAAGGACAAGGAGGGGAGACACAGAAGCACAUGGCAUGUAGUGCAGGAAAUGAGGAUAAGGCACAAGGACAAGAAGGACAAGAAGGACAAGAAGGACAAGAAGGACAAGAAGGACAAGAAGGACAAGAAGGACAAGAAGGACAAGAAGGACAAGACGGACAAGAAGGACAAGGAGGGGAGACACAGAAGCACAUGGCAUGUAGUGCAGGAAAUGAGGAUAAGGCACAAGGACAAGAAGGACAAGAAGGACAAGAAGGACAAGAAGGACAAGAAGGACAAGAAGGACAAGAAGGACAAGAAGGACAAGAAGGACAAGAAGGACAAGAAGGACAAGAAGGACAAGAAGGACAAGAAGGACAAGAAGGACAAGAAGGACAAGAAGGACAAGAAGGACAAGAAGGACAAGAAGGACAAGGAGGGGAGACACAGAAGCACAUGGCAUGUAGUGCAGGAAAUGAGGAUAAGGCACAAGGACAAGAAGGACAAGAAGGACAAGAAGGACAAGAAGGACAAGAAGGACAAGAAGGACAAGAAGGACAAGAAGGACAAGAAGGACAAGAAGGACAAGAAGGACAAGAAGGACAAGAAGGACAAGAAGGACAAGAAGGACAAGAAGGACAAGAAGGACAAGAAGGACAAGAAGGACAAGAAGGACAAGAAGGACAAGAAGGACAAGGAGGGGAGACACAGAAGCACAUGGCAUGUAGUGCAGGAAAUGAGGAUAAGGCACAAGGACAAGAAGGACAAGAAGGACAAGAAGGACAAGAAGGACAAGAAGGACAAGAAGGACAAGAAGGACAAGAAGGACAAGAAGGACAAGAAGGACAAGAAGGACAAGAAGGACAAGAAGGACAAGAAGGACAAGAAGGACAAGAAGGACAAGAAGGACAAGAAGGACAAGAAGGACAAGAAGGACAAGAAGGACAAGGAGGGGAGACACAGAAGCACAUGGCAUGUAGUGCAGGAAAUGAGGAUAAGGCACAAGGACAAGAAGGACAAGAAGGACAAGAAGGACAAGAAGGACAAGAAGGACAAGAAGGACAAGAAGGACAAGAAGGACAAGAAGGACAAGAAGGACAAGAAGGACAAGAAGGACAAGAAGGACAAGAAGGACAAGAAGGACAAGAAGGACAAGAAGGACAAGGAGGGGAGACACAGAAGCACAUGGCAUGUAGUGCAGGAAAUGAGGAUAAGGCACAAGGACAAGAAGGACAAGAAGGACAAGAAGGACAAGAAGGACAAGAAGGACAAGAAGGACAAGAAGGACAAGAAGGACAAGAAGGACAAGACGGACAAGAAGGACAAGGAGGGGAGACACAGAAGCACAUGGCAUGUAGUGCAGGAAAUGAGGAUAAGGCACAAGGACAAGAAGGACAAGAAGGACAAGAAGGACAAGAAGGACAAGAAGGACAAGAAGGACAAGAAGGACAAGAAGGACAAGAAGGACAAGAAGGACAAGAAGGACAAGAAGGACAAGAAGGACAAGAAGGACAAGAAGGACAAGAAGGACAAGAAGGACAAGAAGGACAAGGAGGGGAGACACAGAAGCACAUGGCAUGUAGUGCAGGAAAUGAGGAUAAGGCACGACAAGAAGGACAAGAAGGACAAGAAGGACAAGAAGGACAAGAAGGACAAGAAGGACAAGAAGGACAAGAAGGACAAGAAGGACAAGAAGGACAAGAAGGACAAGAAGGACAAGAAGGACAAGAAGGACAAGAAGGACAAGGAGGGGAGACACAGAAGCACAUGGCAUGUAGUGCAGGAAAUGAGGAUAAGGCACAAGGACAAGAAGGACAAGAAGGACAAGAAGGACAAGAAGGACAAGAAGGACAAGAAGGACAAGAAGGACAAGAAGGACAAGAAGGACAAGACGGACAAGAAGGACAAGGAGGGGAGACACAGAAGCACAUGGCAUGUAGUGCAGGAAAUGAGGAUAAGGCACAAGGACAAGAAGGACAAGAAGGACAAGAAGGACAAGAAGGACAAGAAGGACAAGAAGGACAAGAAGGACAAGAAGGACAAGAAGGACAAGACGGACAAGAAGGACAAGGAGGGGAGACACAGAAGCACAUGGCAUGUAGUGCAGGAAAUGAGAAAAAGGAAGAAGGACAAGAAGGACAAGAAGGACAAGAAGGACAAGAAGGACAAGAAGGACAAGAAGGACAAGAAGGACAAGAAGGACAAGAAGGACAAGAAGGACAAGAAGGACAAGAAGGACAAGAAGGACAAGAAGGACAAGAAGGACAAGAAGGACAAGAAGGACAAGAAGGACAAGGAGGGGAGACACAGAAGCACAUGGCAUGUAGUGCAGGAAAUGAGGAUAAGGCACAAGGACAAGAAGGACAAGAAGGACAAGAAGGACAAGAAGGACAAGAAGGACAAGAAGGACAAGAAGGACAAGAAGGACAAGAAGGACAAGACGGACAAGAAGGACAAGGAGGGGAGACACAGAAGCACAUGGCAUGUAGUGCAGGAAAUGAGGAUAAGGCACAAGGACAAGAAGGACAAGAAGGACAAGAAGGACAAGAAGGACAAGAAGGACAAGAAGGACAAGAAGGACAAGAAGGACAAGAAGGACAAGACGGACAAGAAGGACAAGGAGGGGAGACACAGAAGCACAUGGCAUGUAGUGCAGGAAAUGAGGAUAAGGCACAAGGACAAGAAGGACAAGAAGGACAAGAAGGACAAGAAGGACAAGAAGGACAAGAAGGACAAGAAGGACAAGAAGGACAAGAAGGACAAGAAGGACAAGAAGGACAAGAAGGACAAGAAGGACAAGAAGGACAAGAAGGACAAGGAGGGGAGACACAGAAGCACAUGGCAUCGUUGCCUGCUGGCACCUGGUGGAAGAAAAAGGAAGAAGGACAAGAAGGACAAGAAGGACAAGAAGGACAAGAAGGACAAGAAGGACAAGAAGGACAAGAAGGACAAGAAGGACAAGAAGGACAAGAAGGACAAGAAGGACAAGAAGGACAAGAAGGACAAGAAGGACAAGAAGGACAAGAAGGACAAGAAGGACAAGAAGGACAAGAAGGACAAGAAGGACAAGAAGGACAAGAAGGACAAGAAGGACAAGAAGGACAAGAAGGACAAGAAGGACAAGAAGGACAAGGAGGGGAGACACAGAAGCACAUGGCAUCGUUGCCUGCUGGCACCUGGUGGAAGAAAAAGGAAGAAGGACAAGAAGGACAAGAAGGACAAGAAGGACAAGAAGGACAAGAAGGACAAGAAGGACAAGAAGGACAAGAAGGACAAGAAGGACAAGAAGGACAAGAAGGACAAGAAGGACAAGAAGGACAAGAAGGACAAGAAGGACAAGAAGGACAAGAAGGACAAGAAGGACAAGAAGGACAAGGAGGGGAGACACAGAAGCACAUGGCAUGUAGUGCAGGAAAUGAGGAUAAGGCACAAGGACAAGAAGGACAAGAAGGACAAGAAGGACAAGAAGGACAAGAAGGACAAGAAGGACAAGAAGGACAAGAAGGACAAGAAGGACAAGAAGGACAAGAAGGACAAGGAGGGGAGACACAGAAGCACAUGGCAUGUAGUGCAGGAAAUGAGGAUAAGGCACAAGGACAACAAGGACAAGAAGGACAAGAAGGACAAGAAGGACAAGAAGGACAAGAAGGACAAGAAGGACAAGAAGGACAAGAAGGACAAGAAGGACAAGAAGGACAAGAAGGACAAGAAGGACAAGAAGGACAAGGAGGGGAGACACAGAAGCACAUGGCAUCGUUGCCUGCUGGCACCUGGUGGAAGAAAAAGGAAGAAGGACAAGAAGGACAAGAAGGACAAGAAGGACAAGAAGGACAAGAAGGACAAGAAGGACAAGAAGGACAAGAAGGACAAGAAGGACAAGAAGGACAAGAAGGACAAGAAGGACAAGAAGGACAAGAAGGACAAGAAGGACAAGAAGGACAAGGAGGGGAGACACAGAAGCACAUGGCAUGUAGUGCAGGAAAUGAGGAUAAGGCACGACAAGAAGGACAAGAAGGACAAGAAGGACAAGAAGGACAAGAAGGACAAGAAGGACAAGAAGGACAAGAAGGACAAGAAGGACAAGAAGGACAAGAAGGACAAGAAGGAAAAGAAGGACAAGAAGGACAAGAAGGACAAGAAGGACAAGAAGGACAAGAAGGACAAGAAGGACAAGAAGGACAAGAAGGACAAGAAGGACAAGAAGGACAAGAAGGACAAGAAGGACAAGAAGGACAAGAAGGACAAGAAGGACAAGAAGGACAAGAAGGACAAGAAGGACAAGGAGGGGAGACACAGAAGCACAUGGCAUGUAGUGCAGGAAAUGAGGAUAAGGCACAAGGACAAGAAGGACAAGAAGGACAAGAAGGACAAGAAGGACAAGAAGGACAAGAAGGACAAGAAGGACAAGAAGGACAAGAAGGACAAGAAGGACAAGAAGGACAAGAAGGACAAGAAGGACAAGAAGGACAAGAAGGACAAGAAGGACAAGAAGGACAAGGAGGGGAGACACAGAAGCACAUGGCAUGUAGUGCAGGAAAUGAGGAUAAGGCACAAGACCAUGGAGUAG